AUUAUAACACAGCUUGUAUUGUAAGGCACUAUGACUGCACUACCGUGCUGACAUACCAAUUUUGCCUGCCAAAUUGCGACUCUCACCGCUGACCGUGUGAGCAAUUCCACGGCCAUACCGCCAUUAUUACUGAAGUUGUAGUAAUACAUUAGCUGGCACAUAGCAGACUCAAUCUUGCGCUAUCACCGGAGAAUGCCUGGGAAAAUGCUUGGCCUCUGCCCCUCACCUCCCCAAGCAUGCGUGCGACGACAAUCAUUGUGUCUAGGGAAGCACGUAUCAAGUCGCGCGCGGCUCAGGAGACCUGCGCUUGGGCCCUGCGGCGCGGCGUCGACGUCGGGGGGGGCGAGCGCUACCUCGUCGCCCUCCUGUGAGCCGCCGCUGGUGACGCUGGAGGAGGUGCAGCGCGCCGCGCGCCGCCGCGGCAUGAGCGUCAGCGUCAAAGAUCUGGGGCCCUUCUACCGCGUCGUGUGCCGCGACCUCAGCGGCAGUAGCAGCAGCAGCAGCCAGGCCGGAGGCAGCAGCAGCAGUAGCAGUGGCGGCAGUAGCAGUGGCAUGGGCGGCGGCCAGGCGGGAGACGAGGAGGGCGGGCGGGUGUUGGGGGUUACCACUGGGUUCGUGGCGCCGCUGUUUGGCAUCAUGCAUUGCGACACGUUGCAGAUCUUCACCAGGGGCCUCAAGGGCGGCGAGGGGCAGCGGGUGCGGGGCGGCACGCUGGGACUGGGGCUGCUGCUGGGGGGCGCCACGUUCGCAUACGGGCACGCGCGUGGCUGCCGUACGGCCGAGAUCCUGGCGAUCAAUGAUGAUGACUCAUGGCACGAGCGGCUUGUGCGGUACUACUCGUACUUUGGAUUCAGGCCGGUGUGCCGGGUCGGCGGCAACGGCCUGUCAGACUUGCCGCACAUGCUGGUGUGGGGCGGCGAGGGCACGCGUAUGGACGCGGACAUCCGCGUCAUGCUGCGCAAGUGGACGCCGGCACUCCGGCGGACGGCGGAGGGGCGGGACGGCGGCAGCGAGGGAGGGAGCGGGGGCGGCAGAGAGGGAGGGAGCGAGGCGGGCGGGGAAGAGAAGGCGGGGGAGGGAGCGAGGCGCGUGGCCGCAUUGUGAGGGAGCAGCAGCGGAGUGCUCGGUGCUUGGACCUACAGGACUUGCAACCACAGGGGACGGUCGGGCUGGGCUCUUUGUGGGAAGCGACAUGUGUGGGCGGAGGCGUACUGUGGCCACCGGGGGUUUCAUGUGGUGGACUCGUGGGGAAAUUGGUGUGCCAGCGUUCUGUGUGGGGGCGUGUCAGCACCGUGGCAAUGUGCGGAUCACUGUAAACGGCCAGGAGGGAUGUUGCGGGACCUAGCAUACGGGGCGGGCCUUGAUCGAUCACAGCUUUUCAUGGUACGCUAUUUUUUAUCGUAGAAGAAGAAAAAACUCGGGAACACUUGUCAUGGUACGAACAUCAACAUCAUCUUGAACAUCAUCAGGUCCUC